CAUCAGUACCCUAUUUCAAUCUUCGGAAACCUUAAAGCCUCUGAUCUUUAAUUUCUGGAGAUCAAAUGGCCUCCAAGGCUACUACCACUGCUUUUUUCCUCUCCCUCAAUCUCCUCUUCUUCACUUUGGUCACUUCCACAAGCACUCCUUGCCCACCACCGCCUAAGAAGCACCACCACCACCACCCAAAGAACGUGAGCCCCGCACCACCCAAGCCCUCUAAGGCCGUGUGCCCCAAGGACACCUUGAAGUUGGGAGCUUGUGCCGACGUGUUGAACGGCUUGGUGCACCUUGUGGUUGGUCCACCAAAGUUCCCUUGCUGCAGCCUCAUUCAGGGUCUCGUUGAUCUUGACGCCGCUGUGUGCCUUUGCACUGCUAUUAAGGCUAAUGUUCUGGGCAUCAACCUUAACGUCCCCGUCUCGUUGAGCUUGCUCUUGAACUACUGUGGCAAGAAGGUUCCAUCUGGUUAUGAAUGUGCUUGAAUGCAAGUAAUUUCCACUUGAUCAGUACUUGUUUUUAGUUACCUUACUGUACGUUUCAUGGUGUGUGUUUGUCCUGAGAGGUUUGGGAUGUUACUUUAUUGGUAAUCUCCAAUAUUACACAUUCUUACUAAUAAUCAUUUAUAUAUAUAUAUAUAUAUAUAUAUGUAUUGUUUGGAUGGACUGAAGGCUCCUUGCCUUCUUCCCCGUCAUGUAUUCUAGUGAAAGAUCGAGUAAUGAUAAUAAAAUGGGAUUUUACCGAAAGUGACUGAAUUUGAGUACCUA